CCGAUGGAUGGUUCCGCGUCGUUAUCCGAAGGAAAGGUUUCGAGUUUCAUGGAAGGCGGCUUUUCUCUUGCGAGUUACACAUCAAAAAGAUUUGUAAAAUCAUUCCCGAAAGGUUUGCGGCAGGACUCAAGCAAUAUGGAUCCGAUGCCGUCAUGGAUCUGUGGUGUGCAGUCGGUUGCGAUGAACAUGCAGACUGCCGGCGAGUAUCUUGAUUUAGUUAACGGUCUUUUUCGAAUUAAUGGCGGCUGCGGUUAUGUCCUCAAACCAAAAACGCUUAUCGAUGGAUUCGAUCCUCGCAUGCCUGAGGUAUCGAAUACAAUAGUAAAAAGAUUGUCAGUCGGGGUCAUAAGCGGACAAUAUUUGCCAAAAACAUCUACUGCAUCCGAUGUUAUCGAUCCGUCGACUGAAAUAAUAAUGCCAGUACAAGUGUGCUGCUGUGAUUUCAGGUUCAAUCCGCAGUUCAAUGAAACAUUCACAUUUACGCUUCAUUUCCCGGAGCUUGCACUGCUUCGUUUUUGCGUGAAAGAUUUCGAUUCAACUUCAGCAAAUGAUUUUGUCGGUGAAUAUACAGUACCGGUAAACAGUAUUCGGGGAGGUUACUCUCACAUACGUCUCAACACGGGCUAUGCGCAUACGGUGGACGAAUGUGCCUCAAUUCUUGUGAGAAUCGCUUUCGAAUAA